AUGCGUGGGAAUCCUGUGGCUGAGUGUUAUUCAAAAUGUUGUGAUGAAAUUGGCAUGCCUAUUUCAACAUUACGAUCGUUGGUUGUCGAGAAAUCAGCAACGGGUACCGCUCGAUCGAUUGUUCGUAAUCUAUUUUCAAAAAAUGAAUUAGCUUCAUUGGAUAGGAGUGCAUUAACAGAAAAACAAAGAGAAGCCAUAUGGGAUUUUGCGCGCCAAGUGAAUUCUUCUGAUUUGGGUGGUUUAGCGAAUAAACGUUUGUUUAUGGAUGCAAUUAAUAAUUGUUUUCGUGUAGCAAAACAUGCACGAAAUAAAAGAGUUCUCGGUGAAAGCUUUAAUGAAGCAAAUCUUGAUGAUGCAAUGGGGCAGAAGAAAAUAAGACAAUAA